GAGCCUCGCACGUCCUGAGCUAAGGCGGAUCACAGAGCUGCUCAGGAGCUGCUUGGGGCCGCUGGAGUACAACGGGCAGAGUUCCUUCAACAUUAGAGCCUUGUAACGGGUGGAAAGUGCCUUUUUAUUUCUCCAGAUCUCUUCCCUAGUAGACCUUCAAAAUGAUUGGCGUGAAUAGUGUUCAGAGUACCAGCAAGGUCCGGGUAAGGACCUCAGGUUCUGUGAAAUACUCCCGGGAGGAUUCUAUUCGGAGGCAGUCCCACCGGUCAAAGUCUAUGAAAAUUUCCAACUCCUCAGAGUUUUCUGCUAAGGAGACCAAGGCUCUGUACAACUCGAUCAAGAACGAGAAGCUUGAAUGGGCAGUAGAUGAUGAAGAGAAGAAGAAAUCUCUCUCCGAGGGUGCUGAUGAGAAGGCUAAUGGAACACACCCAAAGACCAUCAGUCGUAUUGGGAGUACAACUAACCCAUUUUUGGACAUUCCUCAUGACCCAAAUGCUGCUGUGUACAAAAGUGGAUUCUUGGCUCGCAAAAUCCAUGCAGAUAUGGAUGGAAAGAAGACUCCAAGAGGAAAGCGAGGCUGGAAAACCUUUUAUGCUGUCCUGAAAGGAACAGUUCUUUACUUACAGAAGGAUGAAUACAAGCCAGAGAAAGCCUUGUCAGAGGACGACUUGAAGAACGCAGUGAGCGUGCACCACGCACUGGCAUCCAAGGCCACGGACUACGAGAAGAAGCCAAACGUGUUUAAACUAAAGACUGCCGACUGGAGAGUCUUGCUUUUUCAAACCCAGAGUCCGGAGGAAAUGCAAGGAUGGAUAAACAAAAUCAACUGUGUGGCAGCUGUAUUUUCCGCACCACCGUUCCCCGCAGCCAUUGGCUCUCAGAAGAAGUUUAGCCGCCCACUUCUACCUGCCACAACAACAAAAUUAUCUCAGGAGGAGCAGCUGAAAUCUCAUGAAAGCAAGCUUAAGCAGAUUACCACUGAGCUGGCUGAGCAUCGUUCAUAUCCCCCAGACAAGAAGGUCAAAGCCAAGGAUGUCGAUGAAUAUAAGCUCAAAGAUCACUAUCUGGAGUUUGAGAAAACCCGUUAUGAUAUUUAUGUCAGCAUUCUGAAAGGAGGCGGCAAGGAGCUGCUGAGCAAAGAGGAGAGUGAGCCUGCAGGACUGAAGAAGUCGCAUUCCAGCCCAUCACUGAACCCAGAUUCAUCUCCAAUCACUGCCAAGGUCAAGCGUAACGUGUCAGAGAGGAAGGACCACCGACCUGAAACGACCAGCAUUAAGCAAAAAGUUACUUAGAGUCUGUCUGUGGCCAGGAAGUGCUGGUCAUGGAGCAAAAUAGGGUUUUUCAAAAUCUUUCUGGUAAUCCGUGAAUAUAUUUAAAAAAAAAAUAGUCUGUGACUAAAUGGUGCAUUAGUAACUUUUUAUAUUGUAUUUUUUUGUUAAUUUCUGUACAGAUUGUCUUCGCUCUUGAUUUCUUUGCUUUGAUUUUUUGCAACUCUGUAACUAAUGCACCUUUUUUCGAGGGGCAGAGGAUCAUGAUUUCAGAAAGAAUUGCAGAUCCCUUCUCCCUCCAGUCCCUCUUAUUUGCACUCUGCUCAGUUGUUUUACGUAUUCCCAAUCAACUGUUAUACUUUUUUAAGUUUAACAUUUUUAAUCUGUUGUGAAACACUUAACUGGACAAACAUCGUGGUUUAGUAAAUCCUAGCCUUUAUAUGUGAAACCUUGCCCAGUCACAGAGGUGAACUUGAGUGCCCACAGAUGCUUAUGUGAAAAUGAUACCCAGGAGUCAGGGUGUCCCAGGGUGGUGCACCUCUGCCUGCAUCGUGGCACUGUUGAGUUCCGACCCUGCUGGAGGCAGGAGAAAGGGAGUGUGAAGAUUGCAGGACUGGAGAACGUAGGGAGGCACGUAGCAUGCCUCAAGUAUGGAUUCCAUCCCAGCCGAGCAAGGGAAAGAGGAAGUGGAGUCAUCUCGCCAUUGGAGGCUGAGGAUGGGUUGGUACCAAGCUGCUUUUGUUUUCUGAGGGACAGUGGCAGCAGUUAGCUCUUCGGGAGCAGCAGCAGUAGGACGUUUUGUCCGUAGGCAUGUGUUACCUCACUCCCACAGGGUCUAGACUAGGAAUCAGAUUCAUCUCAGUCAUUGGUAACCUGUCCAGGAACAGAUUCGUUAUUAAUCUACACACAUAUACAGGCAUGAGGUUAUGCCCUGAUUGUAACAAAAUAAUGUUGAAAACAGAACCCUUUUGUUGUUUCCUUGUAUCAAGACAAAUAAGGGAGCAAAACAGUUACAGUUCUUCGGCAAAGGACAGAUUCUUUAGACAAUCUGAAUGUCUGCCUGAAUGAGAGGAGGUGGAAGAUGGAGGACUUUGCUGGUUGGAUGUGUGGUCUCUGAUAGCCAUCUUACUCUGUCACUAUUAAAGUUGCUCCUAAAUAUCUUUGUAUAUGUUAAAUCUCAUUUCUUACCUUAUACUCAAAAUAAUUUCACCUUGCAGUCACAACAGUCACUUUGAAAUCCAGGGUAAUAAGUACAAUGUUGUCUCAUAGAGGAAGACAAAAGAAUACAAGGUGAGCUUGCUCUGUGACUUACGACUUUAAGAUUUCCAGCCCUGAAGCUCUGUGUUCCCUAAAACUGUCAUCUUCCCAACAGCACAUCUUCAAAGCUAAUGGGAUCACAUCUUAUACUUUUCCUCCCUUCGAUGUUUUUGCUCUUUCUACUUAGUUUAUUAGUUGAAGGUACUAUGACCAAAGAAUCAGCUGCUCGGCAUGAAUAGCAUGAUUCCAGUGUGUUAGAGAAAACCUGCUAGAAAAUCAUGGUAGUUUCUAGAGAUAGAUUAGGAUGUGCUAGCAUCUAGUUACAUGAGUAUUUAUUAUCAUUUACCUCUCCUGUAUACAUGCCCAUCUUGCUGGUGCCCAGAGAAGAUUAACGCCUCUCCAGAACUGUACUUGCUUGCUUUGUGGUAUUUUGCCACAUCACUGAAAAACCUUCCUUAAACCUGCAUCUUGUUUGGGUAAAGACAAUGACUGAAUUUCUAUUUCAGAACCCUGAAACCACCAACAUGGUAGUUAACAGUGUGUUCUAUGUACCUGAACCAUUUCUUAGCUUCCUACUGAAUCCAAAAUUUCCACGAGCAAGUUGCCUUUCUUCCUAGAAGCUGAGCUAUUACUGUUAGUUUUCUGCCUAAAUAUUUAUAGUCCCUGAGUGGAGAGAGGUACCUAGAUCUGUCCUCUUUGAGCAUCAAUAACUAAAGAAGAGUUAAUGUGUUUGAAUAUGUUUGUCCACAGUGUGCAGAGUCUAUGUAUAUAGUGUUUGUUUGUAUUUAUAGAGUAUCUAAUACAUUGAAUGGCACCUUACUGCAAUGUUUCUGACAUGUAGAAUAGUCUUGAAAUGUUCAUAUCAGCACCAUCACGACACUAUUCCUGUUACAGGAUUCUCUAAUGUUGACUCUAAGGACUUCUGGGCAUGCUCAUAGAUAAUUAGAUGAUGUAGAAUACUGUGUCUGCAUCAUUUAUCUUGAAAAACAACUGUAACAUUCUUUUGUGACAGAAUCCCAGACUGCCCUACUAUAAUACUGCCCACCUUUGAGAUGGGCCGAAAAAUGCCUCUUCCCUGAGGCCUCUGAUGAGAGACGCUGCCUACAGGCAGUGUAUACAGCAGGUCAAAUUUAUCCUGUGGUAGGAAACGUCCUCUGGUCUGACUGGAUCCUGAGAUUCUGGUCUAUAGCCAACCACUUUUCCUUGGUGACAAAUUCUUCCCUACAGUACCUAGUCAGAAGAAAUGGAAGGUGGUCCCUUCCAUAGCUACUCGGAGCCUGGUGCCCAAUGCACGGUACAGGGAGUGCUCCUCUCCCUUCCAAGGUACUCUACCCAACUACUUCUCACCCUACUUCAGUGUCCUGGAGCCUUGGAGCUCCUCUCUGUGUGAUAAAGCAUUACCAUCUUUACAUGAAUAUUGUAAUAAUAGAUUUUAGUGUAGAAAAUCUCAACAAGUCAUCAAAGACUUGAUGAUAUUCUUUUUGCAAAACUGUGUAUAAAAUCUGUGGGUGUUUGGGGCUUCAUCCCUAUCUCACAUGUUGGCUUUGACAAGGGGGUGCCAGGAACUCAAUUUUAGCAAUCAGAACCUAGUUGCCAUGCAAAGUCCUUAUUUUAUUGGUAUAAGUAUUUCUGAAACGUACCUUUAAAAAAUAUCAUUUACCUAACUCUUAGCAAUGUCUAAUUAAGCCAAGUGCUACUUUUGUGCAUUUUAAUUAAUCUCAGUAAAACCAGCCAUGUGGCAGAGUCCUGUGAUAGAAAUAGUUCCUGAAUUGUAUGUAGCUUUUAAAAUUGCUCUUAGGUAAAGUAGAUGAAAACAUUUUCUCAUGCAGAGGUCUGGUGCAGUUUGUGAGGCAUUCUCCUCUUCCCCUGAUUGCCUAGCCUUAAAGGUGAGGACUGUUUUCCAAGCAAAUAUAACACGAGGGAAUUCAUUCUGGAAGAAGAAAACAUGGCUGAGUUUCCAGCCCAGCUAGGUUUGUUACUCUAAAGUCAAUCCACUGAACUUCAGAAGUUGAGGGGAAGUUACCUAAUCAGUAGGAAGUUACGGACAAGGGUUCUGCUUUGCCUUUCUUCCUUUAUCAUGUAAAGAACAAGGACCAAAGGAUCAUGUUCUGAGGUAAGGCAGGACCAGCUCUGUCCUGAGAGAUACAUCUUUUCUGCCUUUUUGAAGUUUAGAUGAAAAUUGACCUUACAGAAGUCAAUUUCUCUUUUAUCUUCCCUAUCAAGACCUUAGAUACGGAAUUCGAAUUCUUUGGGCAUUUUUUUCUGGUAGUCCUCAGUUAAGCUGAUUUCAGCUUCGUUUGACAUUGUUUCUUAGCUUUGUACAUCCACAUCUCUGUGGUUUAGCUUUUAUGGACUCAAUAUUUUAGCAGGUCAGUAUAGACACCUUUCAGAUUUUAGCAGAUCCCUUUGCACUUCAAAUGACAGCAUGUGUUUGCAUUGUAAAGCUCCCACUGUAAAACCUAGAACCUAAGUGUCAUCCUAGCACUGGUUAAAAACAGAGUGUAGUUCAAGAAUGACUGUGCACCUUCUGUUUUGAAUAGGAACUGCUUUUGUUUCAGCACAUCAGUGUUAGACACAGACCUAUCAGUUUCAUAGGCACUGAAGCCCUAGACCUGCCAUGCUCCAUGCUUCCUACUUUAAUAGGCUGCUGGUGAACUCCAAGGUCAGCAGCGCUCUCUCUCUCUCUCUCUCUCUCUCUCUCUCUCUCUCUCUCUCUCUCUCUCUCUCUCUCUCUCUCUCUGCCCACAUUUGACAUCCCCUAUCAUCAAGCCAGCCAGAGGACUUUAGCGAUCCACUAAAAUAACCCAAUGAGUGACAGGUACUUGGUUCCUCUUUUUCCUCUCAGAUUCCUUUUCUAUCCCUCAUAAUUAUAAGGACCAAAGGCCAAGGUCAUUCUCCCUUUUAAUCUGCUUUGGAGCAUUGGCUCAUUACAUUGCAGACAGAAUGUCUUCAUACAGAGAAUGUCAGUAAAUACUUGAAUCUGCAUGAUGGUUUGUUGACUUGAAUGCAAGAACAAGGAAAUACAGCAAGCUAGUUGUAUAGAUAGUAGGUUUCCUUAGGUCUUGUGGGCACAUUCUUUGUAAGUUAUGUAUGUAUCUGUUGUACUGCAGGAUUUUGGAAAGUGCUUGUGUAGACAGUGUAUCACAUGUCAAAGGAAAUGCUUUCUGUCAUCUGCCAGUGUCGUAAUGUGGAUAUUUAUAGUUCUAUGUAUGUAUGUUUAUCAGUGUGUAGAUUGUGUUAUCAGUAUAUGGCAUAUGUAUAUUGAAAUUAUUUUUGUCUUUAACAACCAGUAUAAUAUAAAAAGAAAGUAAGAAACCUCAUAGGAUUGAUUAUAUAGUACAAUGUUGAGAGUACAUACAGUGGUAUUGUUUUAUUAAACUUAAAUUCAAAUGAUAUUUUGAUUAAAUUUUUAAAUAAGACUUUAUGCUAGAAAGUUCCAUCUUUAAGCUUUGAAUUAUCAGGGCAAAAAUGACUUUGAACUAAACUUGUGAAUCUGUUCAGGUGUACAGCGUGCAAUACAACGAAAGUAGCGUAUUAUAAUUUGAGAAAUACAGAAAGAAAUGGGGAAAUCCAGCCUGUGUAGUCUUAGCAAUUUUAGUAUUAAGAGCACUUCAAGUUGAACUGAUAAUUUGGGGCUUAUUACAAAGUGUGAUGCUUUAGAGCUCACGUUCUUUAUUGUUGUAAUUAGUCCAGAAAAAUAUUUAGCUUUCAGAAGAAUUAACUAAGUACCCAGUGAAUCCUUUAUGUACCGAUGUAUAUUUUAGAGUAGAUCAAUCACUCUCCUGGUGCCACAUCCUUACCCUCUUCUCUUUGAAGGAAUGUCACAGAUACUGAAGUAUAUCAGGGCAUCCCAAGAUCGGGUACUGUAUUCCAGGUUCGCAAUUGCACAAAUUAGCAGCUAGUAUCACAGGUAAAAGAACUUUAGGACCAGGUUAAAACUUUAUUUAAUAUUUUUAUACUUAGGUCUCUUUUUCCUGCCUCUCCCCAAAGAAGAGCCACUGGCCUUAGUUGUUUGACCUUACUGCUUAUAUUAUAGAGUGUAAAUAGUAACUAGAGACUAAAGUUUUAUUAACCAGCAUGUUUGGUGUAUUUAAAGCAGUGACUGAUGUGUUUGAAUGAGUGGUUGAGUGCAGUGUCUUUUGUUUGAACACGCUGCCUCAGGUCUUUGUGUCUGGUUCAGAGAACUGGAACUGUGGGAUGGGAGACUCCUCUUCAGCUCCAGGCUGCAGCCCUAUAUUGGUAGUACACCUGAGUUUUGUUUUUAUUAACUCUACAGUCUCAAACUAUUUUUUACAAAUAUAUUUCCUUAUUUGUUCUUUAUGUGUGGUGAACCGGCUCUGGGCUGAUCUGCAGGGUCUGAGCUCUGCAAGAGUAUUUUCUUCUAAGAAUUAUUUACGAUUUGCAGAGAACAACCAUUUGAUUCUGAAAUCUUAUAAAAAUUGAGCAGCAGAAAUAAGGUUUAGUUUAGGCUAUCAUCAUUUGAAAUGUUUGGACUUUUAAUGUAAAGCCAUGGGUGUUGCAAAGCCAAGAAACCAUUUGACAUGGAUAAUCAUAUCCACUUUAGAGAGAGUAUAUAUACACAUUGAUUUUUUAAUAUUAUUAGGAUGCUUUUUGAAGCUAUAGAGCAAGAGUAAUUAGGCCGAAUUGAAGUGGAGGGUGAGCUGGCUGCCUUCCACAUAGGUUAGUUAUGUGUGUGUUCCGUCAUCUCUUCAGAGAUUCAGAACUGGUUCACUGUCCCCUUAGGUGUUCGGGGAGUAAGUUGCCAUGCCCGAGACUUCAUCUGUGUAUACUUACCUGCACACAUGCACAUACAAUGAAUGUUUUAAGUUAUACAAAUAUAUGACUUUAAGACACAAAAGGCUGGAGUAUUCUAAAGAGUGCUAAACCAGGAGGGUAAAACUGCAUCACAAAUGUGUUCCAAGGACCAGAGAAGAAUUUGAUGGCACUCUAUUGUCUGAAUUUGAGAGGCAUUGAAUUUUUAACAGAGAAAUGAAGGGGGUGCAUGCCACGACCUCCUGGUAGACCACCAACAUGAAGGCUUCCUUGUGGCUGGCAAACAGUAACUCUCCAGCAUGCCCCAGUAGCCCAGGUGAAGUUCUAGCAAUCUGGUGUGCACCAUUUUCCAGAGUGGCCUAGCCACUUGCCCUGCAGAUCAUUCAAGGCAUGUAAGGAGAAGCCACAUUACCCUGGGAUCCCCGGCUGUGGCCUGUGUGCUAUUACAUCACAGCUGUGCUGGUGAGAGCUCGUAUUGGGUGGAGCUGGCCAGUUCUCCAUCAGCAAGAUAAAAGUGAGAGGGAACCCAGCCAAAAUGUAUUUCCCUUUGCAGGGUGGGGAGCUCAGCUCUCACAAGCAGUACUCUAAAAAGAAACACCCUAACUUCAAUGCCUGAAAAUGUUGAUGAAUAAAGAGAAUUUUGGAAUUUCACUUAGUAUUUUCCCCAUCAGUCUGCACAAGUCUUUGGACACACCUAGAAGGGUCCCAGUCACAAGGCUCAGUGAAGGAUCACACAGCAGGUCUGAGGCUCACUGCUCUAAACCCUGACCCCAGGGCCCUGCAGAGGGAGGUGAUCUUCCCUCUCUGGAGCUUCUUGGCCUUCCAUUCCACUUGGGCUUCUGCUCAGAAGCAGAUAAUACUGGGUUCCAGAUUCCUUAGGAAUCCAGCUGUCCCAGUGGCCUGACCCUGCUAUGGCAAGAUUUCAGCUCUGAGGGUGGCUCAGUCACUGAGAUGAGACAUGAUAAAGAUAACGAAAAAGAUUCUCAGCCUAAAGCUGAGACUAUUUUGUCUUUGCAAGAAACAAACAGGCACACUGAGUUUGGAUCGGGAUCAGCAGAUAUCUUUGCCUUUGCACCCAGAUUUCUGGAAAUGGAUACUAUUUCAUUUCUAUGGGAAGGGUCCAGGAACAUAAACUUGCUCAGCAACUCUGUGCCCAAAUGAGAGCUGUUGAGCAAAGGCCUACAAGCCUCCCUGCAUUGUCGUCUACCUCAAGUUUUCAGAACCCACGUCUAGAAUAGAAAUUUGCACAAGUGCAGAACCCAUGUGGUCAGCCUUGGUUACUGUGGGACAUACACAAUGGUGGUAGUCUGUAUCUUUUAAGAUCAAACACGGUAUUAGUUUUUGCAACCUAGUCACUGGGUUAUAUUCACUGUGGUUCCACGUGAUCUGCAGUGCUCAACAUUCCUUUACCUUCAAAGUUUUCUCCACAAUCGUCUCAGUUUCCUCGCAGUCCUGGUGCCACGUGUCCCCUGCAGAUUGUGAAGGUAAUUAGUGACAAAAUAGCAGCCUUCUCCCUUUCAGUGGCCAAACAGUCAGCAUCAGCAGACCUGUGUAAGCUAGUGGUACUACACCAUAUACUGGAAACCUGUUCCUCCUCACCCACCAGGUCCAAGAAAUGCCAUCUCCAAACUUGGCAUUUAUGGUGGUCAUCUUCUGGAUGGAACAGUAAUUUAUGUGGAUAUUGUUAAAGUGUUUAAAGAAUAUUUUGAAAAUUAAGUUUACAUUUUACAGUUGCUUUAUUUUUUAUUAAAGUAGUUGUAUAUAAAUAUUACCCUAUUUCACUGUUAUUAAAGUAAAUCUUCCCUUGUAGACAAGUGGGUCACCUGAUAUGUAUAGAAGCUGUGAUAUAUAUAGUACAUUUCUUGAUUGUGUAAAUGUUCAUGACUAUAACUGUCCCUGUGUUUUUAUAAGUUGAAGGUAUUUUGUUGUUUCACAACAACAAAAUUUAUUGCAUUAAAAAUGGUUUUUAUGUAAUAGAAAUCAUGCAAAUAGUGAAAGAUUGUAAUAUGACAUAUGUAAAUGUAAAAACUUUAGAAAGAAAUAAAUCCAACAAAUUUCAA